GUGUUGAUACCAGAGGAAGUUGUUUUAGUUAUAAGUCCAGACUACUUGCCCUGGUAUUUAAAUUUGCUUUUGAAGAACUCAUCUGAUCCUGUUAAUAUUUCAUAUCAUUCCCAUUCAUCAGUACCCAAUGAAAAGCUACCAAAAAUCAAAGCAUAUGUUAGUAACUUGAUAAAGAAAACACAAAGUUCCAAAAUUAAUUUGCGGCUGAUAUUUAAAUGUGUUUCAGCUGAUUCAGAAUUGAAGCUUUCUUCCUUGGAAAUACCAAUUGUGGGAAAUGUGAACAUAAUGAGAUAUUUAUCAUUAGCAUAUCCUGAUAUAAUUCCAUAUGACAACUCAGACCACAACAUUGACAAUUUGUUGGAUGUUGUUCACGUAUUGGAAAGAACUCCAGAAAAGAACAAAGAAGCUGCAGUGAAAAAAAUAUUUGCACAAUAUGACCAGUGGAUAUAUGGAAACAAAUUCUCUAUUGUGGAUUUAGCUACUUACAAUGUUAUUAAGCAAUGGAGAACAGUUCCUAAAUAUGUCCCUAAGACUUGGUUUGAUAAAUGUGACAAAUUAUGUUUAUAAUUUAUUAGCUUUUAUUAAUUACAUAAUCUUUUAUAUUGUAAACACAAUGAGUAAAAUUAUUUGGCUUUCAAAUUGCUUAUGUUGUAAAUAUCGCCAAAGUUAGAGCUAGAUAAGUGUUAUAAAUACUACUACUGUUGGCUUAUAAUAACCAGUUUUUAUAAAAACAAUUGUAAGUAUGUAUAUCAAUUUUUUUAAGUCCUGUCAAUAAAGCGCAAAUAUAAAAAUUAGGAAAAAAAUUCAGAAAUCGAACCAUAUUGGUGUUUUUUAAGAUAUCAUACUGUCGAUCCAUGACCAAGGUUUAGAUUAGCAAGAACACUUGCACAAGUCUGCAAGAAUUUUUUACAAAGUAGGCAAUCAUGGCAAUCUGUCUUCUACAGGUUUUUGAAGCUUGCAGGACUUGCAAGUCGCAUGUAAGUAUAUAAACCUAUUUCAACGGUUGCCCUUGUUGCCCCAUCAUAAAAAUCCAUCCUGUCUAAGCGCAUCUAGAAGGUCUAGUUUAAUAUUAUUGCUGGAAGAACUUGCUAGUCUAAACUUAGCAUUGUAGUAGGAGGAGGGUGUAACCUUUUAUGAAUUCACUAUCAAAUUAGUUGUAAAAUGAAAGCCAGUAUAAAUUUUGUAUUUCAUGUAUUACGUCAAUGUUUUCUAAAAAAUAAAUAUAAAUGUCUACAAUAACUUGUGUUUCACGUAUAAUGUAAAUCAGUACAAUAGUCAAUACUAAACAGAUUCACUAAA